CUGGAUCCGAUUGAGAAACCAAUGCUGCGACAAAAAUAGCUCACAAUCAUAAUAUAGGUACUCCAAGUUCCGACGGCAAUCUCACGAGACACGACGCAUAGUGCUGAUUGUUGUUGCUGUCGCACAUUCUUCUGUUGUCGCCCUUCCUCAAAACGACACAUCAUACCCAAGAUGAACCGUACCUGGGCGACGUCUGAGUUGCGCCACCUUUCGGACCUGCAUGUGCUGGCCAUUUCCAACGCUUCCUUGGAACUGGUUCAAGCUGCCUUUGAUGCGGACCCAGAAGCCUUGACGGAGGCUGUAGUGGAGGAUGCCUUCUGCUGUGGAUCAUCUGUUGAGAUCCUACUUUUUCUGGCGGAAAAGGCCGCGUAUGUUGGCAACAUAGAUAUUUGUGAGAUGUUGGCAAAACGAUUCCUGGCAGACAUACCCUUGCUCCAGUCGAGCCCCGCUAAUGCAGCAGAAGUCACAGAGAAACUCAAGGAGCUGGUGCGCGCAUUUCCAAGAGUACUUUCCGAGCAGGGCGAAACGUGUGCCUGUCCACUGGAAAUUGUCCUAUUCUCCACUGUAUUCCCUCAAGAUUUACUGGACUUCAUGAUAGAAUUGUUACCAAGAAUUGAACUUUUUUAUGUCAGCGACAACUAUAUUUUGCCAGUGGAUGAUGAACCCUUUCAGCAACAAAGGAGGACAUCUCUUGAUCCCCAUUUCAUGAAAAGCAUUGGUGCAGUUUUUGGGAAGGUGGAAGAACUUCACAUUCAUCGCAAUGAUUGGAAGGCAUCUGAGCUGUCACAGUUGCUGCCCUUGAUCUGCCAUAGCACCAACUCUAUCAAAAAGUUGCAUUUUGAUAUUUGUCCAACCCAGGAAGUUGCCAACACUUGGUCAGACCCAAACUUGAUAGCUCCAGCAAAGAAAACACUGGAAGACAGCGGGGGAGAUUGCUCUAUCAAGGAGGUUUCAAUAUCAUUUUGUGGUGCUGACAAACCACCAGACUUUUCCAUCCUGAGCUUGCUUUUGUACAUGAAAAAUCUCUGUCGGUUGGACAUUCGCAUUAGUGAUACGUGGAGAGCCACCCAGGAACUGUGUGAUUCUCUCCGUGAUUUGCUGAAGCAGGGAAGACUUGGGGAACUCAAUGUGGUUGCUGUCACUGGUAAGGACGGGCUGUUCUUGCCGCUACUAGAUGCGGCUGAUAAAAGUGAUACCCUGGUUGACCUGAGGCUGCAGAAAUUGCAGAGCCAAGCCGAAGUCGAACUAUACCAGGAUGCAAUUCUCAGAAUCCUUGAUCACAACACUCAAUUGGAGGAUGCUUCGAUCUGUAAGGAUGACUGUGAUUCAAUGGAAGCACGAGUCAGCAAUAAACUAUGGUUCCUGGAUCAGACCGAAGGCAACCAUAAGCAAAGACUCAUCGAUUACAACACACUCUUGAAUAUUUGUGGGCGAGGAAAAGCCAAAGCAGAGGCUACAUGCCUCCAAGACUUGAUUCACAUGAUAUCUCCCCAGAUUCUUUUGACGGAGAUAGAUUUUCUUGCUUUCACUAGCUACAGCAAGCAGGAGCUUAUCACAAUGCUGCAAUAUGGGCUCCUCCAACAACAACCAGCUAUGUGGUCACUGGUGCCAAAGGAAACAAAGCCAGCUUUGAAAAAUGGCUCUAGUGGCAAGGAAGGCCCCCAGGAGCAGGAGGGUGGGGGCGCACGAAAGCGCAAGGCCAGUUGGGCCCCCCGAUGAGUCUUGUUCAUGGAGAGGAUGUUGAAGGGCGCCAAGAAGGAAUUGGGUUGUCAUCUGUUGGCCUCUGAUUGAAUGUGGUGUGAUAGAACCUUACCGGUAACGCACACGAAACUACUCAGGAGUAACGACAGUAUAGUUUGUACUAGCUAGAGGUUUCCAUCAGAGUGAUACCGUAGUCUCCUUUCAAACACUACUCGAUUGGAGGUGGGUUUGAUCUGUAAUGAUGGUGUAACAGAUAGCCCAAUAUUCUAUUACACUUCCUGGAAGUUUUGCCCUCUCUUUUGCUGCCCUUCCAAAUUCAAG